AUGCCUCAUGCAAGUAUGGCGGAGAAUAUGCGGUUCCAGGAACCAAAUGGUAUGCUGUUUGCCGGUCAAACGGAAACAAGCCGUGAUCUUUUUAAUGCUUUUAAAUCAAGGCCCCUUCCAAACCACAGUAUUAUUCAUAAACUCGUAGAUAGGGAAUUGGGACUGGCCAUGAGAAAACCGAAUACCCACUUGCACACAGCCAAGUCGCUCAAUCUUAACGUUUUUCCAAAUUUCACAGUUGUUAAUAUUGAGAAGCCUCCGUGUUUUCUUAGAAAAUUUGCACCAGAUGGAAGACAUUUUGUUUCAUUUUCAAGAGACCAAAGUUCACUAGAAAUAUACGAAUUUUUAGGACCAGAUGCUGGAGAGGAACUUCUUAGAAAACGAGGCAAAUGUGGGGGAGAAGGAGAAAAAUUCAUCCGUGAUACGCUAUUUGACAAGUUUUUCAGAAAGAAAGCAACAGUUACAGUUGCAUCUAAUGGUGAACAUCUUAAUCGUGAAUGCAGUUUGUUUACAGAUAAUGGUAGGCAUGUUAUUGUUGGGUCUGCAAGCAAUGUUCCUGAUGACCCUGCACCUCAUUUCUAUGAUAAAUAUAGAAAUAAUGAAUCUGUUUCAUCUUCUCAUACUUUGCCAUUAGAGGAUUAUACAAUUCAUAUUGUUGAUUUGUAUAAUUGUGAGCAAGUGGACACCAGGGUCUUCAAAUGUGACAAAAUUUUCUUGUCACACAACCAGGGGCUUUACUUGUAUAGAGAUCUUCUGGCAGUACUUUCUGUACAGCAUCAGACUAUACAUAUCUUUCAAGUAACAGGAGGCGGUCAUUUUGUUGAUGUACGUAUAGUUGGGAGAUUUUGUCAUGAUGAUGACCAAAUGAUAUUUGAGUCAGUAAGAGAGGCUCGAUGCCUUAGACCAUAUCGGGAAGUGACACUGAACAGUUUGAAACAUAGAAUCCUAGUCUAUCUAUAUAACUGGUCAAUGAAGCAAGAAAGCAAAGAAGCACUAAGAAGAUUUUAUCAGCACUUUGACCAAUUCCGGCUGCUUCGCAUGUGGAAAAUGCAGCUUUUGGAUGAGGACCAUUUACUUAUCAAAUAUGCUAGCGAAGAUGUUGUUACACUGAAGGUCACAGACCCAAAUUCUCAGUUAUCCAUCUUUGUAAUUUAUAACAUGGCAUCAACAGAUGUUGUUGCAGUUUAUGAAAACAAUUCUGAAGCAUUAUUGGAACUGUUUGAGCAAUUUAAUGACUCAUUCAGAAAUGCCUUACCUGGCAAUUAUGUGCAAUUUACUUGCUCUACAUCAAGCAACAUUUAUGCAAGAUAUAAUCAAAGAAGAUUUAAACAUACAAUUAUUAAUGCCAAGUAUGGUGGCCAUGCUGAAUCUGUCAAAAGACUUCUAGCCCAACUUCCCAUCAGUUCCCAAUCUUAUAGCAGUAGUCCCUAUCUAGAUUUGUCACUUUUCAGCUAUGAUGAUAAAUGGGUUUCUGUUAUGGAACGUCCUAAAGCAUGUGGAGACCAUCCAAUACGAUUUUACUCAAGAAAAUCUGGUUUGUUGAUGUUUAAAAUUCAUGCUGGUGUAUUGGGUAGGCCAAUUCCUCCAACAACAAAGAGACUGGUUGCAUUUACAUUUCAUCCGUUUUAUCCCUUUGCCAUAUCUGUUCAGAGGAACAAUUCAGAAUAUAUUGUCAACUUUCAUGUGAGACAUUUAACAUAUGAUGGCUCCGAUCAUAUUUGAGAGAAAAGAGCUUUUGAUAUCAGAUUAUAUCUGAGAAAAGGCAUUUUUGUACAUUGGUUCUCAAAUUUGAAUUUCCUGUUUCAUUAGUCAUAAAAUUUCAAGUAUUGGCAAACCUUGUUAUUCUUGUUUGGAAUUACGGUAUUAUUGUUCACACAACUAUUUGAUGGAAUAUUUGUUGAUAAAAACUAUUUUAAAUAUCUAACCAUGAAAUUAAAGAAAAGUUGACUUUUUUGUUCAUAGUUGUAUUUUUUCACAAUCUUGACAUUCAUGUGUAAAUAGGACAUCAAUUUUUAUAGUUUUUUAUGGGUUUAUUCAGUUAAAUAUUCUAUUCAUUGUAAAAUCAUAAAAUUAGCAAAAUUGUUGUUUGUUUAGGAAGUUAACAUUUAGAGUAGGGAAGGCUUAA